AUGAAUUAUGAUGCCGAAAGAGCUAUGAAUCAGAAGCGGUUGAGGAUGGAGGGUGAACCGGGACACGGUGUCGUCCAAGGAAAUGGAUUACCGCUCAAUUACAUAGAUAAUGGUCAUCAAAUACCUUAUCAACCGUAUGCGGGCGCAUAUAACACGCACUAUCCGCCGCCUGACGCAUUUGCGGCAUACGGGCCUCCCCCGCCUGGAGGCUAUGCUCCACAAAACCUAUCUUAUGCGCCUCCCGCGCACCAAAAUUACGCUCAUCACCAGAGUUUCCCGCCUCAGCAGCCACCGCAGGCCCAGCUGCAUAUGCCUCAGUCACACAUGGUUCAAGGUUAUGCAGCUGAAGUAGUGCAUAAGCCUGCCUGGGCACCUCAACCACAACUUCUAGCACCUUUGGAUGCACAAAAACCUCUUGAUGUUAAACACCUAAAGCCCGAGAUUAAACUGGAGCCAACAGAUGCACAGAAGCGUUCGCAUCCUGACACCGAAAUUAUGGGCGGUGACCUUGAUCAACCGAAGAUAAAGAUAAAAACGGAUAUAUUCAAACCAGACGACUUAGCUUUGAGACCUGAUUUGGAAAAGCCGCAUGACAUCACCCAGAAGCCACUAGAAGUGGUGCAACAUCCUCCAGAAAUGCUUAACAAAGAUGAGAUGCAACCAAAAUUAAUAGCAGAGGGUAUGCAGGGAGAGAAAACUAUUGAUGCGGCGAAGCUGGAGGGAUCGGAGAAGAUCGCCGGUGACAUUUCGCGGCCUCUCGAAAUCGGACCAAAGUCUGAAGAAAAGAGCGAGGACGACAGGAAACAGUUUAGCAGUCCAGACGCACCCAAAGCCGGUAUGUCACCCGGGAAGGCAUCUACACCCGGCCUAGAGCCGAAGAAGCGCGGCCGGCCGAAGGGGUCGACGAACAAGCCGAAGGCGGUGCUGCCCGCGCGGGCGCCCGGCGCGUGCCCGCUGCGGGGCGCCGCGCCCCCUCCGCGCCCCGCCGCCCCCGCGCCGCCCCGGCCCCGCCACCCGCCCUACCAGUACGCGGUGCGCCUCAGUCGCAAGGACUUCUCCGGCAUACAGUUCAAGAGGCGCUGGAGCGACGACUGCCUCGACUCGUCGCAUAUCCCGAACGAGGUGUACUUCGGCGACGUGCCGGUGCCGAUGGAGGUGCUGUUCAACUACUACGACGCGAACGCGGAGCGCGAGCGGCUGGCGGCGCAGGCGGCGCACAUCGCUGCGCAGAAGGCGGCCGCCGCCAAGCUGGCCGCCGCCAAGCUGCAGGCCAGGGGCGUCGUCUCCGGCGAGGUAACGACGGUGGACUCGUCUUCUUCCGACGACACUUCAGGCUCUUCGGGCAGCGGAUCCGAGGAGAGUGAUGAUGACCUGCCGCUGAAGCGCGGCCCCGGGCGGCCGAAGGGCUCCAAGAACUCGGCGAGCCCGCGCUCCGGGGGCGGAGGGGGCACGCCGGGCCGACGCGGCCGGCCGCCAGUGCCGCCCGAGCUGCGCCAGCCGGGCAUCACGGACAUGAAGAAGUUCUGCAAGGCGGCCGGCAUCCGCUUCGACUACAAGAAGCUCGUCGAAGGUUGCACAAAGAACAAGGAGCGAGUGGCGAAAAUGCAGGAGCUCCUGACGGCUGCUGGUUUGGAGGGCAAGCCCACGUUGGAGAAGUGCAGGGCGUUGAAACAGGCGAAACUAGACAAGCGGGAACAGGAAAAACAGGCCAAGAGGGAGGCUAAAGUGAAGCACAAAGAGGAAGCCGGCGGCGCGGGCGUGCCGCGGCGCAUGACGCGCGGCGCGACGGGCGUGAAGCCGCGCCAGCGCAUCGUGAUCUCGUCGGACGAGGAGGACGGCACGCCGGCCGCGCGCCGCACGCUCUCCAAGCUGCGCUCCAGCGUCAACGACGACUCCGACUCCGAC